AUGUCCUUCAACUGCUCCACAAGAAAUUGCUCUUCCAGGCCAAUUGGAGAGCGCUGCACUAUCCCAGUGGGUCCAGUUGCCACUGCUUCUACUCGUGAUGUUGACUGCCUGAGUGGCAUCUAUUUGCCCAGUUCUUUCCAAACUGGUUCCUGGCUGCUGGAGCACUGUCAGGAGUCCUGCUGCGAGCCCACUGUCUGCCAGCCAACAUGCUACCAGAGAACUUCCUGUAUCUCCAGUCCUGCCCGGGUAACUUGCUCUCGACAAACUACCUGUGUCUCCAAUCCCUGCUCAACUCCCUGCAGCCGGCCACUCACCUUCGUGUCCAGUGGUUGUCAGUCCCUGGGAGGCAUCUCCAGCUCCUGCCAACCAGUGGGGGGCAUCUCCAGCUCCUGUCAACCAGUGGGGGGCAUCUCCAUCUCCUGCCAACCAGUGGGGGGCGUCUCCAGCUCCUGUCAACCAGUGGGAGGCAUCUCUACCGUCUGCCAACCAGCCUGCGGGUUCUCCAGGACAUACCAACAGUCCUAUGUGUCCAGCUGCCGAAGAACUUGCUAA